AUGGACCUUGUCAGCUUUUCUCUUCUCGCCGGCACAGAGACGCCCUCCCAGCUGCGCACCCAGCUUUCGGGCAUCGCCGGCUCCAUCUCGCUCGCCUGCUGGCUCGUGCUGCUUCUGCCGCAGCUGAUCGAGCAGUGGCGGCUGAAAUCGGCAGAAGGCAUCAGUCCCCUGUUCCUUCUGUUCUGGACGUUCGGAGACAUUUUGAACCUCGUGGGCGCGCUGUGGGCCGGCCUGCUGCCCCAGGUGAUACUACUGGCCGCGUGGUUCACCGUCGCGGAUGCCUUUACGCUGGCGUUCUACUAUUACUACACCUACGUGUAUCCGAAGAAAAGACAGCCCGAACGCACGCCGCUGCUAGCAGAGACGCCGCGUCGCAAGUCGUCCACCAUCGAGGACAUUGUGCUCCAGCCACAGAACCACUCUGUGCUCGUCAGGUACGUGCUGCCGCUGCUCGCCGUGUUUGUGGCCGGCGUCAUCGGCUACUUGUGCUCGUCGCCAGCCAAGGAGCAGCCCGACGUCGGGCUGGCCAUUGGCCCGCAGAUCUGCGGCUAUUUGAGCGCAGCGCUGUAUCUGAGUGCCAGACUGCCGCAGAUAUACCAGAAUUACACCAAGAAAUCGUGUCGCGGGCUGAGUCUGCUUUUUUUCAUGUUUUCCACUCUGGGCAACGUCACGUACGGCCUGCAGAUCCUGUUCUACCGCUCGGACUGGGACUACGUCGUGCUCAACAGCAGCUGGCUGUUGGGCUCGCUGGGCACGAUUGCGGAGGACCUUGUGAUUUUCGCGCAGUUUUAUAUGUACAGACAGUCGGAGACGGCAGUUAUUGAGUAA